AUGCCCUCUAAUCCAAGUGAUACAGAUCUUGCCGCGCCCGAGUGCGCAAGAUGCGUCAAGGCGCAAUUGAAAUGCGGGGGCUGUCGCGGUCUCAGCUUCAUCCAAUACAACGGACACAGGGCCGCGACCCCCGGCACCGAUGUCAGUGACAUCUCUCAGGCAGCACCGAUCAUAGGAUCAAAGACAACUACGCACUCAGUUGUAGUGCCCCGGAGAAACGAGAUCAUUCCAACCCAGAUUGGAAAACAAUACUUGACGCUAGGUUCUAUGGAUGAUGUUUACGCCUCUUACGCGAUGAAUCAUCUACUGCACGAGAGCGAGGAGGUCGUGGUAAAUCCCGACAUAAAUCGAACAUUGACCAACAAGUGCUUUGUCGCGCUUUCCACGACGAUUUUUGGCAUCGAUAAGAAAGAGCCGCAUGUCUUGCAACAUGGUCUUUAUAGAUACGGUACUGCUCUCAAGGCCCUCAACAGGGCGUUAAGUGACCCCCGGGAAAGUCGAUCUUUCGACGUUCUAGAGGCCAUCAUAGUGAUGGCCGUUUUCGAAAUGAUUGCUGGAAACCGCGAAGACGGAUGGAUAGAACACGCGCGAGGCCUGGAAAGGCUUCUUGACUUCCGAGGACCGACAUCGAUGCAGCCAUUGCCAUGUUUGGCACUGUUCGAGAAGGCGCGGCCGUCAAUGAUUUUCGCUGCUCUUGUCACCCGCAAAACUACCAUUCUUUCGAGUACUCUGUGGAAAGGUCUCCCGUGUCCCAGCGCCGGCCGCUACUACACCAAUGCGCUCCGGAUACGGCAGGUCCAGUGA